AGUUGUUACACCGUUAAUUAUUUCCUUCUCUUUGAAUCUUAGACAAACAACAACAACAACUUUAGUUAAAUGAUGAGUUAAUUCGUAGACAGGUUUACCCCCUUUUUCACCUUUCAUGCAUUCCCAUGACCUGACCGUGUUGACACACACCCUUUCGCAUAACGGCUUGAAGCGUACGCAAAAAACCGUUAUCUUUUGCAGCCCUAUUGGCCUGACAAAUGACAGCAACCCAUUAUUGACCCGUCGCAGCACAAAGCUUCCAAAACACUUGUGAGCGUUUGUAGUCCUGUUUAAAGGAGGCGCGUCGCUCGAAAGAGCGCUCACGUAAGAGGGCGACCUUGAAGUGACUCUGGGAUGUGAACUAUCUCCCUUCCCCGUCAGCUCUCCACGCUGGUAACGCUAUACGCUUCCUGCCGCGACACCGGCAGACAUUCGAAGUCUGUGUUUAAAGUUCAGCAAGAAUGCGUGAAGCGUUUCAAGUACGUUCACUUGAGCGCGUCGCCCGCGAAGCCACGAGACUCGGACAUGCGCAGCAGUAAUAGAAAUGUCGUAAGGGAUUCUCGCAAAUAGAGAAUCAUGGGUCAGACGUCAAACAAUCGUCGCCACGACGUGUACAAGGACUCCGCUAGGAGUUGGCUGGUAUCUGUCGCGUGCACGUGGUGCUUCUUCUGGACCAUGAUUAUCAAUCGUUGCGGGGGCAUCGUUUUCAUCACGCUCAUCUCGGAAUUUGGAGCUUCGAGGGAGACGGCGUCCUGGCCUUUCAGUCUUCUAGGAGCUGUUUCCAACCUCUUCGGAGUGGUAUCAGGAUUCAUGAUCAAGAGCAUACCGCUAAGAAUAGUAUCAUUAUUGGGCUGCACGUUGACAGCUGCAGGCAUCCUGUUGUGUGCACUGUUCUACAACGUUACUACCAUAAUUCUCUUCAUCGGCAUCAUUACAGCCAUUGGACAGGGCAUGAUCUUCCCGUCAAAUAUGGUCGCUAUCAACACGUUCUUUGUGAAGUACCGUGCUUCAGGUAGCGGCAUCAGUUACGUUGGGGCUACGCUCGUCUCGUUCGUCUUCCCUCCGAUCCUUCUGCUCUUGCACUCAACGUACGGCCUACGCGGCACUUUCCUCAUCGUGGGAGGAUUAACCCUAAAUGCCAUCGCGGGAUCCAUUUUUAUAACGAGGCCCGAAGACCUCUUGAAACCUCAGCAGAGAGGUACGCCUCUUAAAGUCUUGAACGGUACCGGUAGCAGCAGUCCUGGACCUGAAGAACUCUCAAAGCCUCCACAGACUUUGUCAUCGAAGUUUAGAGCGAACUUUGUGUUCGUUCGACGUCCCAUCUAUUACGUUAUAGUGAUCACAGGCGUGAUUUACGCGUACGUCUUGGUCCUCUUCAACGUUACCAUCGUGGACUACGCUGUCGGCAAGGGAUUCAGUAAAAUGGAAAGCGCCAUGCUGCUCUCAUGCUACGGCGGUGGCGAUCUAGUUGGACGCAUCUUUUCGGGUCAGCUAUCUGACAGGAAAGUGUGCCGAAGGCGUGAUGUCAUGGCGUUGGCUUUCUUGUUGACUUCCGGAGCUAUGACCGCCAUUUCUCUGUCGAAAUCUUUAGCACCGCUAGCAACCUCCAGCUUCCUGUUCGGUCUUGCGAGUGGAAGCACCAUCAUCCUCUUCUCAGUAUUAUUGGUAGAGUAUUUCGGAGUUGAGCAUCUACCACUUGCCAUCGGGAUGCACUGCCUCGUCAACGGACUGGCUGCACUUCCAAGACCGAAGCUCAUUGGCUACUACAAGGACAAGGGUGGCUCUUACGAAGGCCUUUACACCCUGCUGGCAGCUACAUCACUUGUUGUCUCUCUGGUUUGGGCAACAGAAUGCUUCCUGCAGUGGAUCCGCGGGAGAAACAGGAGGCGCGGAUCUGUUGCACAAGAUGAACAGACAUGAUUGGAUGGCGUGUGUGAUGCGCGGUGGCGCUAUGUGACGCCAGUUACCUGGAGCUGCUGCAAGGACUCGUGUCUUCUCCAGCGAUUCUAUAGGCUUGCUGAAGAGCGCAUCAACAUGUUUGUAAAUUAUCAUCGGCAUCGGAAUAGAAGACACGUGUUCAGAUAA